GGGGCGAGGCGGCCGGCGGCGGGGACAGGGAGGCGGCGGCCGUGCUGAUGGUGCUGGACCUCUGCUCGGUCAGCAACGUAGCCCUGUCGCGGAUCCUCCGACAGCUCUCCGACGUGGCCCGGCACGCCUGCACCCUUUUCCAGGAGGUCGAGGCUGACAUCCAGGGCACCCACCGCCGCGUACGGGCGCUGCACGGCCGCAUCGCCGGCCUCCAGGGAGCCGUGCGCGGCCUCGACCCCAAGCAGGAGGCAGUGCCUGUCUCCAACCUUGAUGCAGAGAGCAAACUGAGUGUCUACUACCGAGCACCUUGGCAUCAGCAAAGAAACAUCUUUCUGCCCUCCACCAGGCCGCCCUGCGUGGAGGAGCUGCACCACCACGCCAAGCAGCACCUGCGAGCCUUGCGCAGAGAACAUCGAAGCCGAGGUGAUAACAGAGAGCAAAAAAUCCAAGGCCCCAUAGCUGUGGUGGCUCCCCCCUUUCCUCCCUUCCCUGCAAUCUGCAGCCAAAAGAGGCAAGCGAUAAAGGACCGGCAUUUGCUACCAUUUAACAGCACCCGUUCGCCCUCCCCAAUUGAGUGUUGCCACAUGACCCCCUGGAGUAGAAAGUCCCAUCCACCAGAGGACGAAGAUACAGAUGUCAUGUUAGGGCAGAGGCCGAAAAAUCCAAUACAUAAUAUCCCUUCUACACUGGAUAAACAAACCAAUUGGAGUAAAGCACUACCUCUCCCAACUCCAGAGGAGAAAAUGAAACAAGAUGCCCAAGUGAUUUCUUCUUGCAUUAUCCCCAUCAAUGUCACUGGAGUUGGUUUUGACAGAGAGGCUAGUAUACGCUGCUCUCUUGUUCAUUCACAAUCUGUACUACAGCGGAGACGAAAGUUGAGGAGGAGGAAAACCAUCUCUGGCAUCCCCAGAAGAGUGCAACAAGAAAUAGAUUCAGACGAGUCGCCAGUGGCGAGAGAGCGCAAUGUGAUUGUGCACACAAACCCAGAAUUCCCCGGCUCCAGCAACAGGAGGCUGGGGACCCGGGACUCGGAGUGCCAGACGGAAGAAAUUCUGAUAGCUGCUCCUUCCCGGCGACGGAUCCGUGCCCAGCGGGGGCAGAGCGUGGUCGCCUCCCUCUCCCACUCCACUGGCAACAUCUUGGUGCUGGCGGACAGCGGGGACGCGGUCUUUGCUGCUGCUGUGAGCAACCGCAUCCGCUCGCGGAGCCUUCCUCGCGAGGGCGCCCGGGCCAGCGAGGGCCAUCAGGAUGCCACCACCAAGAGUGCAGGGUACGAAGUGGAGCACUUCCUAGCUGGUCAGGAGAGGAUCCCCAAAAAGGGGAAGGAGAUCUUGAGCAAGCAGGGUUCACAGGAGUGCCAGCCCAUUGGUUUAACUUGUUCUCAGCACCUGCAUAGCCCUGAACACAGCAUCGGCGAGAGGGGGAGAUCGCGGUUAUCAAGGAUGGUCGAUUCAGGCAGCUGUGAAAUUUCAUCCAACUCAGACACCUUCGGGAGCCCAAUUCACUCCAUCUCCACAGCAGGAGUCCUGCUCAGCAGCCACAUGGACCAGAAAGACGAUCACCAGUCCUCCAGCGGCAACUGGAGCGGGAGCAGCUCCACAUGUCCCUCCCAGACAUCUGAAACCAUUCCUCCUGCUGCCUCUCCUCCACUAACAGGCUCUUCACACUGUGACUCCGAGCUGUCACUCAAUACCGCUCCCAACGCCAACGAGGACUCCAGUGUCUUCAUCACAGAGCAAUUUGGUGACCACACAGACAAGGUCAGGGGCCACCGGGCGAGCUCCUUCACAUCCACUGUGGCGGAUUUACUGGAUGAUCCCAACAACAGCAACACAAGCGACAGUGAGUGGAACUACCUGCACCAUCACCACGAUGCCUCCUGUCGCCAGGAUUUCAGCCCUGAGCGCCCAAAGGCAGACAGCCUGGGAUGUCCCAGCUUUACCAGCAUGGCCACGUAUGACAGCUUCCUCGAAAAGACCCCCUCUGACAAGGCAGACACUAGCUCACACUUUUCCGUGGAUACUGAAGGAUACUAUACCUCCAUGCACUUUGACUGCGGUCUGAAGGGUAAUAAAAGCUAUAUUUGCAACUAUGCAGCCCCAGGCUCUGAGAGUGGCCAGACUGGGAGCAUGACUUGCAGCCUAGCUGACUGUGCCUGGCAGGAGUGCAUGAGCCACAGGAGGCAGGCACGGCAGUGCAUCUCACUGAAGAAACCAAAGGCAAAGCCAGCCCCACCAAAACGCAGCUCAUCUUUGAGGAAAUCAGAGGGCAGCACCGACCUUCCUGACAAGAAAGAACCAAAGAUCAGUGGUGGACAGCAUGUCUCUCACACUGCCAGGGAGAUGAAGCUGCCCCUGGAGUUUUCAAACACACCUUCCCGAGUGGAAGGCCCCAACCUGCCAGCCAAGCAGGAGCUUCCCUGGCCAAACCAGGAUGAUGGUGGGUUAAAGGACACUCCAUUUGACACCGCCAAUAUCCCCUCCUUUAAAGAUGAAGGUGCUGAACAACCUCACUAUGCAGACCUUUGGCUUCUGAACGACUUGAAAUCUAGUGAUCCUUACAGGUCCUUGUCCAAUUCAAGCACUGCUACGGGUACUACAGUCAUAGAGUGCAUCAAGUCACCAGAGAGCUCUGAAUCCCAAACGUCUCAGUCUGGGUCACGAGCUACAACCCCAUCCCUCCCCUCUGUUGAUAAUGAGUUUAAGCUGGCCUCCCCAGAGAAGCUGGCAGGGUUAGCCUCACCCUCCAGUGGGUACUCCAGCCAGUCAGAGACACCCACCUCUUCUUUUCCAACGGCUUUCUUUUCGGGACCUUUGUCUCCAGGGGGGAGCAAGAGGAAGCCAAAAGUUCCAGAGAGGAAGUCAUCACUGCAGCAGCCACUCUCAAAAGAUGGCACCGCCUCAGUGAGCAAAGACCUCGAACUUCCGAUUAUACCUCCUACUCACCUUGACCUAAGUGCUCUUCACAAUGUCUUGAGCAAGCCCUUGGCUCACAGGCACCAGCUGCACACCUUUAGCCACAGCAAGCAGAGCGCGGUCGGGGAAGCCCUGCAGCCCUGCCCUCCCUCUGCCCUCGCCAUCACACCCUCUGUUCUCAAGUCUGUCCACCUCCGGGCAGUCAAUAAGCCUGAAGGAGUGAAGCAUAAAGGCAGUACCCCAGACCUGCUCUGCAUACAGGAGAGCACCUUGAUGACAACCGAGGUCUCUCCAGGCAAAAUGAGGCCGCUCUUAGCUAAGAAACCAGUAUCACGCCAGUACUCUACAGAUGAGGCCAUAAUGCUGUACAUUGACACUUCCCCAGCAGAAGCAGGCCCUGGAAAGCCACCUUUAGAGAAAAGCUCCUCUUUUGGCGGGCAGAAUAGCUGUGAGAGAGAAGCUGUAACUUCCGCAAGCAUGGGUCUGGUUGAAAUCAAACCUGGGAAGGACCAAACACACCUGGCCGAUGAACACUUAGCAGAAAGCUCUCUGAGUCAGGCAUGUGCCGUCCCCGUGGAUGACUUUCAGAAGGGCUCAGCUGUCCCCACAGGUGAUGAUGAAACAAGGAAACCUGUUCAGGGAGAAGAAACAGUGCAUGAUCUUCAGCAAGUGCAGGCUCAGCAAGAGCUCUCUGCAGGCAGCGAGGGGAAGGUGGAAGCUGGGUCUGUGGAUGAAAGCCCAGCUCAGGCUGAGGGACCAGCCAUCACCUAUCAGUUAAAGCACCAACCCGACGUAAGCCACCAUGUGCCUGGGAAUAUCAGCUACGAAGCAGAGAUGGCAGCAGUGGAUUCACUCAGCGAAGAGGGUUGCAAGCAGGAAAACUAUAUCACAUCAGGUAUCCCAACCAAAAGUGCCUCUGAUGACAGCAGGGCAGACCAGACACUGGGCAGCGCAGACGAGCCUUCGCUGAAAGAGUCUUCUCCAAGCGAUGAGUCCAUCAUGUCUCCACUGAGUGAGGAGUCACAGGCCGACACUGAGGAUGUCUUUGUGUCUCCAAACAAACCCCGCACUACUGAGGAUCUGUUUGCAGUCAUUCACAGAUCAAAAAGGAAAGUUCUUGGGAGAAAGGAUUCUGGAGACCUUUCUGUAAGAAACAGAUUGAGAGCUUCGUCUGGGACCAGCAGCCAGCCUCCCACCAGCAGCACACUGCCCACCAGCAAUAUGCCACCAGCCAGCAACGUGGGCACUCCCAUUAGUAGUCAGAGGUCCCCCGGGCUCAUCUACAGGAAUGCCAAAAAGUCCAACACAUCCAAUGAGGAGUUUAAGCUACUGCUCCUUAAAAAGGGCAGCCGAUCUGAUUCCAGCUACAGGAUGUCUGCCACAGAAAUUCUGAAAAGUCCCAUUCUGCCGAAGUCUCCUGGAGAGCUGACGGCAGACGCCCUUCAAAGCACGGAAGAGUCUCCUCCCACAACGAGCCCUGAUGCAUUGUCGCCGCUCUCCCCCUGCUCCCCCAGGGUCAACACGGAAGGAUUCUCCUCCAAGAGCUUCCCCAUGUCGGCCUCCUCGCGGGUGGGGCGGUCGCGGGCGCCGCCGGCAGCCAGCGGCAGCCGGUACAGCGUGCGCUGCAGGCUGUACAACACCCCCAUGCAGGCCAUCUCCGAGGGCGAGACCGAGAACUCGGACGGCAGCCCCCACGACGAUCGCUCUUCUCAGAGCUCUACAUAGGCUGGGUGCGUGCCAGGGCCAGGCUGACAACACCACUCGAGCUCUUAAGGAUGUCAACACGAGAGACAAAUGCUGUAGCAAUCAAAAAAAAAAAAAAAAAAAAAAAAAAAAAAAAAAAAAAAAAAAAAGAAGAAAAAGAGAGUAAUCGCAGGGCAAUAUCAAUGCUUAGAUGUGUUUGCAUUUGGAAGACGCCGGGAAAACAUAAGGACUACGGCUGUAGCUAUUUAUUACAUUACAUUUUCUAAAUGGAUGAAGAUAUGCUAUGUCUGUUCUGUUUUCUUUUAGCUUCAUUUGGUUUAUCCCACUCUCAUUUCCAUUGUCACUGUAGAUUUCAAGGCCAUUCACUUUCCAUAGAGUUAAAGGUGACUUUGGGUGGGUUUUUUUCCCAGAAGCUGCCCAUCUAGAAACAAUUCCCUCACUGUAGUGCUUCCCUAGGGAGAAAACAAAAAAACAAAAAAAC